AUGGAGCUCCAGGAGCCUGGACACAUCCCCCAGCAGUUCCUUGAGGAGCUGCUGGGGGACAACAUGGCCCUCGAGGCAGACCAGGGCCAGAAGAUGGACCACCCCGCCCACCGGAGAAUGGAGCUGGGCCAACUGUCAGAAGCCUCCGGCCGGAUCCUGGCAUUGGAGGGAAAUCACGAGACCCUCCAGGGCGCAGUCCGGGAGCCGCAGGGCGACUCCCUGGCCCUGCGGGAGGGCAGCGGCACAUGCACGGAGCUGCAGAAGGAGACCCAGCAGCUCCGGGAGCAGGUGGAAGAGUUGGGGAUCCAACUACGGAAUGAGAAGCCCACCAGCCAGCACCUGAGCGCCCUCAAAGGACAGCUGUUGAAACUCAUAGACACCCUGAGGCUGUACAGGGCCCAGCAGCAGGAGGCCGAGGAGGAGCAGCGGGAGGAGCUGCGGGAGCAGCAGAAGCAGCGGACUGAAGUCCAGGAGGCCCUGCUGCAGGAGCAGGAGGCCAAGGCCCGGGUCACCGAGGAGAACGAGAGGCUGCGGCAGGAGGUAGCCAGACUCACCUCCUGGACCGAGCAGCUGCAGGGGGAGCAGGAGGAGCUGCGCACCCAAAACCGGGAGCUGCAGGCCUCCCUGAGGAAUGAGCAGCAGAAUUUCCGGAUCUGCCAGAACUUGUACCACGAGAUGAUGGCGGAGCAACGGUCCAAGGAAAUCUCCCUGACCAAGAUGAGCGUCCAGUGCGAGUCGCUCACCCGCUUGAGGAAGGACUUGGAGGAGGAGAGACGGCACCUCUGGAGCCAGAUAGACACCUUGAAAGAGCUGAACCAGAGCCUCCUGGAAGCGCGUGCCGGGACCUGGACUCCCCACAUGUAA